AUGGCCUCUCCAACUUCCACUCGCGUUAAAGAGAGCAGGGACACCAAGGAGGUGGAGGAUAAACAUGAGACAGAAUCAGAGAGAGAAGCAAGAGAGAAAGAGGAUGUUAAACGGCGGUUGGAAAAUCGAGAAAGGGCAUUUAUCGCAGCCUCCAGGAGAGGAGACAGGACCAUGGAAGCUCGAUUUGAGUCCGCGCUGCGCGCUUCAGAAGUUCACAAAGAACGAACUGGGAAGGGGUUGCGUAUCACCAUGGAAGCUGUCGAGAAGGAAGAGAUGUACGACGAAUUAGAUGAUGAGCACGGCAGAAAACGUCGGUGUCACAUCGAUAGUCUUCAGCUCAGGUCCCAGUCAUUGGAUGUGCACUUACACCCAUACAUGUUGGCCAAUUUUGCAAAACCUCAUGCAAAUUCAUCUUUCUCACAGCUGAACGGUAGCAUACCCAAUCCGUACCACACAGGGCCAAUAUCACCUCAGGGCGUAUAUGAUCCCGCAAUGUACCGAUUCAAUGGCUUACCAGGCGUGGAGGGCAUGUUCAAUAAUCCGUUCAGCCCCCCAGCACCACAUGGACGACCCAGUUCUCUACCUAUUUCACCCAACGCUCCCAGCUAUGAUGGUCAAGGAAUCGCCAAUUUCAACGGUCAAAAUAACAGGCUUAACCGAAGAGUGGCUUCGGAUCCCGCCAUUGCUGUUACACACCUAAAUCAUGCUGGAUCGUCGCCCAUGCGACCGGAAUCUCACCCGCAAAAGUCUGUCCCCAGCUAUCCCAUGAUGCACUCCUCGCAGCAGCAGCAGCAGCAGCAGCAGUGGCAGCAGCACUUGGAACAAACCCGACAGCAAGGGAACGAUUCUACAAGACCGCAUUCCAAUAUCCAACAACUAUAUCAACCCGUGCAGCAAGGGUCUCCAACUAACCAGCAAAGAACCUCGGCCCUUAAACCAGCCCCAAAUAGUCGGCGGCAAUCCUAUCAACAUAUCCAGCAACCGCGCCCUCGACGUCUAAACACCCAAUCUAGGGCGAGUCAGGUUAUACGCAUGAAUUCUUUUGACUGUAUGCCUUAUACUCAUUCUUCUGCUGUCACUUCUCCGGCUGAAGGGAUGGGCAUUACCGGCAGUUAUCCCCGCACUGGCACUGAAUAUAACUGGGGUGCCAACACUUCCGCACUGAAUUCCGCCACCGCUAAAAAUUCUCCUUCCGGCUCUAACAUUGAAAACCCAAGCAAUCAUAAAUUGCCUUCAGGUAGUUUCCAGGAGAUAGAAAGCCAAACUCUCGACCCUCUCAUCCAGUGCACACCAAUUCCAGUAAACACCAAGGUCCCUAUGAUCCAAACUCCAUGUCAUGGAACAUCCCCAGUUUCCAGAGGCUCUUCGGCAGGUUCAAUGACAACCUCGGGUUCCAGUGUUGCUGACCCUUCUCUUCCUUCGCCGGUUGUCAAGCAGGGAUUUUCCGACCAGAAUGCCCUUCCAAUGGGCCUGAGUGAAUACGUUCAGAAUUCAAUCAUGAACAACAACGACCUUUUCCCGGAAGAAAUAGUUGGUUCAGAAACAUCAUCUUUUUUCCAAGAUGCGCUCCCAGACGUCAAUGGACUCGAACUCAACACUGCCUCCCACGAGUGUUCUGACGAGAACGCCUUUCUCAAAUACGAAUAUUCCGACCCAUUUGGUGUAUCCACCUUCUAA